AUGGCCGUCUCAGCUUCUAGUCCAGAUCCGCUGGACGCGAACAUCGAUGAAAGAACACCCCUGAAUACUUCGGCGCAGCAUGCGACUCCUAGCGCAAACACCACGGACUACAGCAGCAUAACAAAAGGGCUCACUAGCGACGUGCACAGCAGCCAUGGUAGCGAUGAGGAACAGCCGUUGAUCAAUCCACCCGAGUCGCCUGGGAAAAAUGUGACGGCUUUGACCAGUAUAAGUACCGUGAUUGGCGUGUUGUUGCUGGGUGAAUUCAUCUCCAACGCGGACGCAACACUAGUCAUGGCGGCAACAGGCAGAAUCUCUUCCGAGUUCAAUCGACUGCGCGAUGCGAGUUGGCUGUCAACGGCGUACACCUUGGGAUUAUGCGCUGCUCAACCGAUGUACGGGAAGCUGAGUGACAUCUACGGUCGCAAGCCACUGCUACUUUGGGCGUAUUUUCUCUUCGGCGUGGGAUGUGUUAUCAGCGGCAUUGGUCCGGAUAUGGCAACUGUCAUUUUGGGACGUGCAAUCAGCGGAAUUGGGGGCGCUGGAAUAAUGGCGAUGGGAUCUAUCAUUAUCACAGAUAUUGUUCCCCGACGGGAUGUUGCCCAUUGGCGGGCGUACAUCAACAUCGCAAUGACUCUGGGUCGUAGCGCAGGAGGCCCAGUGGGCGGAUGGCUAACCGAUACAAUCGGAUGGAGAUGGUCGUUUAUAAUCCAGGGGCCCUUGGCCGCUAUGGCAGCUUUGUUGGUGGUAUGGAAACUCAAGCUUGCCCAUCCAGUCACUGAGAAGAGCAUCCGCCGUGUCGACUUUCUUGGAACGUUUCUUCUCGCCACUGGUAUUAUCACAAUCACAGUUAUUAUGGACCAAGCGGGACAGUCCUUCGCAUGGGCAUCACUGUCGACGGCGAUCCUCGCAACUCUCAGUCUGUCAGCAUUCGUCGCCUUCGUUCUUGUUGAACUCUACGUAGCCCCCGAGCCGAUCUUCGAACUUCGCAUGCUGCGGAAGCCGAAUGUGACGCCCAGUUAUCUGAUCGGAUCGCUGCAGAUCACCGCCCAAGUUGGAAUGAUGUUCUCCGUGCCGCUAUAUUUUCAGGUGACAUCGAAAGCCUCAGCCACCGUAGCUGGAGGGCAUCUAGUUCCCGCCGUGAUCGGGAACACGCUUGGAGGUUUGAUCGCUGGAGCCUUCAUUCGUCGAACCGGCCAGUUCAAGGUCCUCUUGAUUCUUGCCGGUCUCGUUGCGUCUAUCGCCUAUCUACUCCUUUUCCUCCGUUGGAACGGUCACACUGGAUUCUGGGAGUCUUUGUACAUUAUUCCCGGUGGUAUGGGUACUGGUUUCUGCUCGGCGGCUGCUUUCGUCAGUAUGACGGCGUUUUUGAUGCCGCAGGAAGUGGCCAUGGCGACAGGAGGGUAUUUCCUACUCUUCAGCUUCGCCAUGACGGCUGGUGUGACUGUCACCAACAGUCUGCUGGGGACUGUUUUCAAGCGCCAGAUGGAACAGCAUCUGACUGGCCCGGGGGCCAAGAAGAUCAUCGAGCGCGCACUGUCCGAUACGAGCUAUAUCAAUGGCUUGCAGGGUCAUGUCCGAGAUGUAGUGGUAAAAGGAUAUGUGGCUGGUCUCCGCUACACUUAUCUAUUUUCCCUCGUCCUUUCACUUCUAGGAUCGAUCCUUGCAUGGACGGUCCGAAAACACCAGUUGUAA